UGCUGACGCCGCAGCAGUUGCAGCUGCUCAUGCAGCAGCAGUCUUACCUGCAGCAGCAACAGAAGCUGCAGGAGCAAGCCCAGCUGCUGCAGCAGAUGCAGGCUGCCACGGCGGCCGCCGAGAGCAACAGUGGCGGCGGGGGCAAGAACAGUAGCAAGCUGCAGCAGCAGCAGCAGCAGCUGCACAGCCUGGCCAUGCAGCAGGCUCACCUGCUGCAGACGCUGCAGGCCCAGCAGGCCGCCGCGGCCAGUCAGCUGCUAGCCCAGCAAGCCGCGGUAGGACAGCCCAUCACCCUGUCCCACAUACCCCAGGGGAUGAGCCAGGCCGAGAUUCAAGCCCUCUGGAAGGAGGUGUCGGCAACAACCGGUGCCUCCGAGGAGGGUAAAUCCAGCUCGGGUUCCAGUAACCCCCCUACGACCCAGAGCUCGAGCCACACCAGGCCCAUUGUCAACGGAGCCCACGAAGCCAUGCUGCACCCGGCCCAGUUCAUGAUCUCUCCGCACGGAAUGAUACUGCAGCCCGAAGAAAGUGCAAUGAACUCCAGCGCCCACCCUCUGUACGCUCAUGGCAUGUGCAAAUGGCCCGGAUGUGAAACAGUUUGUGAUGACUUUCAGGCCUUCCUGAAGCACCUGAGCACUGAGCACGCUCUGGACGACCGGAGCACGGCCCAGGCCCGCGUCCAGCUGCAGGUGGUCAGCCAGUUAGAGAUCCAGCUGGCCAAGGAGCGGGAGAGACUAGCGGCCAUGAUGGCCCACCUGCACAUGAAGCCCAUGGAGUCCCGAUCCGAGACCUCCAAGAGCUACCUGCCCAGCAAAAAAAUUCCAGCCUCAGUCCCCAAGACCAUGACCCUGGUGCAGUCUCCUAGCGUCAUCCAAUCACCGGCCUUCUCCCACCUCAACCUUCUCAAGCCCCUCCGUCACGCUGCGCCCCCGAGCCUCCCCGCCCACCCACUGCACAUGCCCUCGCCCCCGCCUCCCCAGUCCCAGGCCCCGCCCACGACCACCACCUCUGCCAGCGGCGGCUCGUCGGUGCCCCAGUCCAGCGUGCAGAUCAACAUCACGCCGGGCGGCGGGCCCAUCAGGAGACGGACCAGCGAGAAGUACGGCAUCUCGUUGGGAACAGAAAUCUACCGCAAUGCGGACUUUUACAAGAUGGCGGACGUGCGACCUCCGUUCACCUACGCCGCCCUCAUCAGGCAGGCUAUCCUGGAUUCUCCCGACGGACAACUCACUUUGAACGAGAUCUACAAUUGGUUCACCAGGACAUUUGCUUACUUCAGACGGAAUGCUGCAACGUGGAAGAAUGCUGUACGGCACAACCUCAGCCUGCACAAGUGCUUUGUGCGAGUUGAGAAUGUCAAGGGAGCUGUCUGGACAGUCGAUGAGCUGGAAUUCAUGAAACGACGACCCCAGAAACUCAGCAGUUGCCUAACAACACCACCGUCAACUCCCACCACACCCACCACACCCGCAAGCAGGUCACAUGACAUCAGCCUACACCCGAUGCCCCUGAAUUUAGAGACACCUCAGGCCAGCAGUGCUUCGGGCGGAGCCUUGCCUUUGCUGAGUGAUGCUGCUGCUGCCAGCUCAAUUAACGAUCAACAACCUCACAGCGAUGAGGUCUUUGAGGUGGAGGAAGGGUCCGACGCCAUGGAACAGAGUGUGGACCAAGAAGAACCAGAGGAUUUGAGCGACAAGCAAGACUUACCUACGCGUGUCAAGCUCGAAUCGUCCCGGUUCAGCAGUGUGAUGGAAGACCCAGUCGAGGACGACAGCAGCAGCAGCAGUGCCGGCGUGGUAGGGGCGAUGCGGGAACGCAGCGAGCGCGAGCCCAGGUACGUGACCGCCGAGCAGGACCUGGCCAGCGACUACAGCCAGGCACAGCUGGCGGAGGAGACACGCUACCUGCGCAUCCAGCAGGACCAGGGGCUGAGGUACAUGGAGCAGCAUGCCGUCGGGAGAGAGGGCCAUGCCGGAGGAGGAGGAAGGGAGGUGGAGGAGCUUGUGGAGGCAGAAGGGGAAGAAGACGAGCACCGGCGGGAGGUGGAGAUGGAGAGACUGCCUGCUGUCAAUGGCCAGGUCAUGAUGGGGGGCCACGGUCACCUGCAUCACCUGGACCAAGAGCAGCCGGAAGAUCUCAGUCAAGAACCCAGAUAUGUGACAUCCGAUCAAGAUGCCAGGGAGGCAGUGACGGUCGUCACCAAUGGCCAGGCAUUAUUGGACAAGUCCAGUCACAUGAUACGUCACAUGAUGCACAACAUGGACCACCACCCGGAAGAGACUGGGGAGUACAGUGAAGACAGUGGGCCUCUGAUGCAUGGCAAGCUAGAUUCCCGCUACUCGUCCACAACACAGGAAGACAUGGAUGAAGAGGUCAUGACCUCGGUCAAAGGUCAGAGUUACAUGGACAGCCAGAAUCACCUCCAGCAGUUGGACAAUGGCAGAGAGUAAAAGGAAGAUGGGAGGUGUUGGGGAGGAGGGGUGGGUGUGGGCUGAAGCAAAAGGCAUUAUCGUGACUUUAUGCGCGUCCCAAAGUAGGGACGUGUUCAAGCACUCUGUAUUAAGAGGUGGCUUUCUGUUGGGAAGAUUUCCUGGGUGUGUCACGAUAAGACAAGCAAUGCGAUUGGACAUACUUGAAGACUGACCGUGAAGUCGUGGUCUUUGAGGAGUCCCACUCCUUACAAAUUUCCAAUUCAGUUGAUGGUGUGGCCUUUUUGUGCCGGUUGCAUAAACACCUGCACCAAAAUUGGAAUGCCAUAUUGUCACUCCGCUGCCCCCAUGCUUUGGAUGUGAGGCUAAGCUUCGAGGGUGGCAGGAGAAAUUGGUGGUGCCCAGCUGUGGUUCCCUGCAUUGCUGUGGCACGUUUCAAGCUGUAAACUGAAAACAGGUGUCAACAUUUGGAACAGUCUCCAUUUAGGCUGCUGUGAAAAAAAUAAAAGUGGAACUCAGUCACCCAAAAAUGCUCUUUAAAGGUGCAGUCCAAAAAAGAGAGGUUCCUUCUGAGGACUGUUCCUUAAACCCCUUCCAUUCAAGACUGGGUAAAACUCCACACUUUGGGCAAUGGAAUAUUUGAAAGUUCACAAAGCAAAAUUCCAAGUCGAGACCGGGUCCUCUCAUGAAAAUGCUGUCACUGUGACUUUCAAGUUGCAUUCAUUUAUUCGGAAACUGUUUGGCCCCCUGCCAAAGUUGAUCCUAGUAAAAUGUUUCUAUUUGGAGCAGGGAUAACCUGGGACAGAUUUUGUGUCGCUUUCUUUUCUAAAUAUUGAGCAAAAUGCUGUAAAUACAAUUGAAUUGUUUUUAUAAAUGAACAAAAAAAGUGCUGUCAGUGUUUACGGGACUCCUAUCCCAUAAAUAUCGCCUGCAUUUCUGUAGGUUAUUUAUUUAUUGCAACAGAGUUAAAAUGGUACUUUUGAGUCGCCUCUGCAGACUUACUGAUACAAUUGCUCUUUUUUGUAUGUGGUUUGUUUUUUUUAUUUUUUAUUUUGUGUAUAAAUCGUAUGGCACCCUUUUGCCGCUGUUUCUUGUUUCUGUAAACUUCAGAUGUGCUCUUUGCAACAUGCAUGCGAACUUUCUUGAGAGACAUUUCGGGACAGUGAGUGUCGCUGAUGCUGUUCAGUGUCGUUUGCCCUAACUUUUGUUGAACAGCUCUGUUCAGUGUUAUGAGUAACCAAAUUCAGUCCUUGAUUUUGGAAUAGAACCCCCCCAAAAUAUUGAUUGUCGUGUGGCACUAUUGCAUUGAUGGUUGAGAGAGAAUGAGAUAUUUCUAAAGAUAGUUCUUGCGUUUUCAUGUGGCUUUUUUUUUCAGUGAGAAUGUAAGGGAAAUACCGCCAAGGUCCACUGAGACAAACGGGCUGAGAAACUGCCGAAGUUGAAGAACAAAUCUGUCAGUAAAUGAUUACAGUGGAAAGUGCUUUGCCUACGAUUCUCCAUUUUUGGCAAGGAGUUUUCAGACAUGUUUCAGUUGCAAUUUGGAGAGGGGGGUGGAUACAUUAUUGGGGUUUUGUUUUUGUUGCUGGCAUGCGACACUUUUUCCCGGUUGUUCGUUCUUGAUUUUGUUCAGGCAAGCAUGUUGCAGCACACCAAAGGCAAAAUUUUUCAACUGCGGUCUUUGUAAGUGCCAAGUACAAUAUCACGACGCCUUCUAAAUCCCAAAGUAUUUGUUGAGAACCUUUGGGAGGUUUUCCUUUUCGUUUUUCUUCCGUGCUCGUGUAAUAAUAUAAAAUUCACAUUUAAAAAAAAUGUAAAUAUGGCUGGGCCAUUUAGCAUUGUGUAUAAAAAAGUUAAAUUAUUUUGACUUGAAUAAUGUCAUGUUCAAAAGCGAGAAAAAUAUAACGGACAAGUGAAGCUGAUUUUCAGAGAAGAAAAGCUUGAAGCAAAAUUGUUUGACCAAAGAGACCAGAUGGCCAUGGAAAAGGAAACAAAUUCUGAAUUGAUUUUUCUCUACCGUCAUGGGAAAUGUUGGAAAAUUGUGAGUUUGAAGGAAUUCUUAAAGGAAAGUAUUUGGCAAGUCUUAUUUUCCACUAGAAACGUACAUGCUUCCGGAAAAAAAAGUUUUUUUUUUCAAAUUGUACUAUUUAAGUUUUCUAUUUUUAGGAUAUGAGCCUACCUCAGUGUCCAUAGUGAAAAAUUUUAUUACACAAUUAAGAUAACAAAAAGAGGAGUUGUGCUGAACAGUUUUAACACUGUUUUGGGAAUGGCUAGUUUCUCAGUAAACGUGAUGCUAGUUCAUCUCCGUGAGAAUGAAGCAAAAUUAAAAAAGGUCCCAACAUACACUGUAUUAUGAUUUAUUCUGGAGAGCACCAGGGACAUAAAAGGAUAUGGAGAUUAGAUAUUUUAUGACUUUUCAUUUCUAAUGAGCAAAUGAAAAUAUUAAAUGAGCAACUCUUGACUUUUUUGAGUGAGUACUGUCAGCAAAUUUUCCUGCAACACACAAAAAAAGGAAAGUUACUAGCCUUCCUGUGUGUUUUCUUCCCUCUUGUUCAGAAAGUUUGGAAGGCAUUUUAGGAGGGGAAAUGAUGUGGUAGAUUCUAGCAUAUUUAUUUAGUGGUGUAGGUGUAGAAUAUGUCAUAUUCCUCAGUUCAUGUGACUUCAAGAAGUAGCUACAAUGUCUGGAACAAACAUAGCCUGGCAGUAACCCUGACCACGCCAAGCCAGUAAGGAUCUGUGUGAUUUUCAGUGCAUGAGGACACAUUUGAUUCCAAUGGUAACGUCAAAAUUUCUAAACCCCCCCCCCCCAAGACGAGGCAUAUAUAUUAGCAUAUCAAAUCAAUCUGGCGCUCAAAUAUUUUGAAGAGGUGUAUUUAGUUUUGCCUUUUUUUUUUUUUCUUUUUUUUUUUUUUCCUUGGGUGGCAUUGGGAGUUGUGAUCCAUUGUAUGAAAUAGAUUGGGGAAGUUGUAUCUCUCGUCGGGUCAGCAUAAGAAAAUGUUGGUAAUUUUGGAUUUGGGCAAUUUUUUUUAAGUCUAUACAAUUACUCCCACCUCUUUUUUUGCAAAUGUCAUGUCGAGUCUUUUUGUGGGAUUCACAUCAGUGCUCUUCAGAAGUGCUGUUUUGUGUGUUUUUUUGUUUUCUUUUCUAUCGUUACGAUCGUGGCAAUCGUAGGACGACGAGCCAUGACGACCUCUUCAAUUGUAGUUGUCCUUUUGUUUUGUGGUAUCACUGCAUGAAUUGGACACCAAGUUUGCAGGUCAACAUUCUGGCAGUGUUUGUUCCAAGAGAAACGAUGCACGCUGCGCAAAAUGCAGAAGGGGAGAGUACUAAUUUUUGACCAAUGAAAAUCGGUAUGGUCUAUGUAGAAGCAUCCAUGGGGAAUUAAUCCCUAUAUGCUUUCCCGGAAUGCCUUGAAUGAAUUUUUUUUUAAUCCUCAUCAGUGUUUUUUUUUUGGGGGGGUGGCAUGGCCUCCAUUGCCCCGCCCCCCCAUCAGCUCUUGACUUGUCGGUUGUUUAAAAUGUGCGUGAACUGUGUUUCGCAUGAUACAAUUUGUUCACUGUGGAUAUUUGUUUUAGACUGUUUCAAGUGCUGUCAGCCAAGUGACUUCAGUUUAUUUUUGUCUGUUUUUUUUUUUCUUUUACAAAAUAAUAUCCUACUUGUCUGCUGUGUUGUUCCUUUGGCAGACGGGCCAUCUGAAGUCAUAUCAUGGAAUUCAUACGUCUAGACUUUGGCAUUGCCUUAAUAAUCUGCAUGUUUAUAUCGCACCAUGUAAACUUUGACCUUGUAUGAAGUCAACCAUACUUGAUUGCUCGAGAAUUUUUGUGAUUUCUAUAACUACUGUCUCGCAUACGCGCAGAGCAGUAUUCUGAACUCGUGUAAAUGCCGUAAUGUACACCUCUGCAUGCUUGUUGCUGUAUUAAGCCAAGUUGUUAAGCCUUUUUGAACCUCGUCCCCUUAGUAAGUAGAGACUACCGCGGCCGAUGUCGCUCCACGGAGAGACUUGAGCGAGAACCUGGGGACGAGGUAUGACAUUCAUUCUAGGCCCUCUUGACGGAGCUGCUAGCAGCUAUUUCGAUGGCCAUGGACUUGUAUCUAACCAAACUUUCACUAUCAAGCUGUAGACUACAAAUCAGGGUACCAGAUGGAGCCCGCAGUAGAGGUGCGACACAAGACAGCCACCUCCCACACGGGCAUUGAUUCCAAAUAGGGCAUUUUUUUAACCGUCUGUAUAAAACUUGAACUUUAAAAGGUAGCUUAUUUGUAGAGAGAAAAACUUUCAAAUUCAUGACGCGGUCUUUUUUAAUCUCCAUUUUCUUCCAGAGGACUGUUUACAUUUUGUUAACAGUGUAUUUGUACAUUUCAACAAGAUUGCGCACGAUAGUGUGAAUCUUUUAUUUUUGUUAUGGAGUCAUGGUCCUUUCUGUUAUUUUUUGGGACGUGCACGUCCAAUGGAAACGCCGCCUUCCCGUGCUCGUUUCAUGGUUGUCCUUUUCACGUCUAUUUAUGGUGCUGCACACAAAAUAGUCGAAGUAGUAGAGCAACGGAGCGCUGUAGCAUUGUAUGGAAUAGGAAUAGUUCUGUAUAAUUUAUACAAAAUUAUUGUAAAAAAAAAAAUUAAACGAAUGAGCCACGAAUCAAGACAUGUAGAGAA